GAUUCAGCUAGUACAUUAAGCUUACCUGAAAGAAUUACUCCUUAUCUUAAGAAAACAUUAAAUAAAAAAAAAAUGGGACGAACAUACGUACAAAAUUACCUUAUAAAGAAAGAAAUGCGCGGCGAUAUUUAAAAUUUACACAAGCAUCAAUCUCAGCGACAAAAGUUAAAAAAUUUGCAAGUACAAAUAACAUAAAUGAUAAUACAGAAAAAGAAAACUCACGUUUAUUUACAAGAAAAAGUUUUUUACUGCCACCUAAUACUAUAAAAGAAUUGCAUAUUAAAAAUAAAUCUAAGCGAAGCAAGUCUGUGUUGCCCCAGUUCUGUAGACCGACAGUGAAUUCUGAUAAUAUAAAUUUUAAAAUAUCUGAAGUACCAGAAAGCUCACCAGUGGCAGAAAAUACAAAUACAUUGGUUAAUUCUGUCAUACAUGUGAAAGAAAACGAAAUAUUUCUACAAAAUAUAUCAUCUCAAAAGUUUAGUGAACAGUCAGGCAUUAACAUUUUGCAUUCUUCUCACUCAGAUCUUGCGGAUACGAGCAACAAUAUAGUGGAAGAAAUUCCAAAGAAUUUAAAUUCCAAUAUUUCAAAUACUGUUAAGUGCAAAGAUCAAAAUAAUACUAAUGAGGAAGAAUAUGUAACAAUUAGUAAAAUACAAUUCACAGAUUUGAUAUCUGAAUUACAACAUAAAAUUUGUAAAUUGGAAGAAGAGAUAUCCAAUUUGAAGUCAACACUAAACGAUUUUAUGAAAAUAUCUGGAAUAAAUGUAAUGAAUAAAGACAAGAAAAAAAGUGAAAUUAAACAAGAAAUUAAAAAUUUAAGCAAUAAUACAGAAACGAUGGAUAAUAUGGACACUAAAUUGCGAUACAUAAUGAUCAAUGAUAUUGAUGCAGAACACAAUAACGUUUUGAAAGAAUCUUGUAAAAUGCCUGACAUUAACGUAUCAACAUGUGUAGAAACAAAUACAGAAAAUAAUUCGGAGAUACAAUCGUUAUAUCACACACAUAUUGCCUUUGAAAAUAGUAAAAAAAUAAAGAAAUGAAUACUCCCAUAAGUAAAAAACAACAUAAAGAUCCUAAAUCGGAAACGAAAAGACGGUCUGCACGCUUGAGAGCAAAAGUUUUGAACAAUUUAAAUACUGCAAAUGAUAGCUUUGUGAAUUUAGAAAACGAAUUGCAAAUCGUUAAUAUGGAAUCUAAUACAACAAUUACACCAUUUAAUAAUACUCCUGCAAAGAAUAAAUACAAAAAUCAGAACCUAGGGAGACCUCUAAAGGAAUAUAUGGCCCUGAAAUCACGCAUGAGUUGUUUGUUGACGCCUAAUGUCAAGCAACUUAAUUCUUCAGAAUCGAAAAAUAAGACUCGUAAAACUGAUGAUAGAAAAGCUUCCGUAUCAGAUAAAUUACUCGCGGAAUUGUAUAAUUUAUAUGGAGAUUAGAUAUGUCAUAAUUUUUAUGUAAUUUAUUUGAUGAAUGUAAAUGCGUUUUAAUUAUAACUUGUUCUCUCUGAUUUUUGAUAUAUUUUUAUUAAAAUAAAAUAUUUUAUGCAAAAACUCGCAAUGUAACUACGUGAUGCUGUUAUAACAGUUUUCCUUUAUAUAUUUUAAAACCAGAGAGAAGUUUGAAAAUUUGAAA